UGUCAGCAUUGCCAAAAAAAUUGCCUCACCACCUGAAGUGAAGCAAUCCAGGCUGUAACCCUGCAAGUUACACUGGUUGAAAGCACCGGAUUACUUUGCAUUAGAGAGGAUUUAGUAUCCUGUAUUUAUAGAACCAAUGUGCUGAGCAGGUACUGUGUGUGUGUGAGUGAGUGUUUUUAAAUGAAGAGAAGGCGAGAUUAGUGCAGAGUGUGUCAGAGUGUCCUCAGCUUGUCUCUAUUAGCCAGAAUAAAGCGCCAUGGACUACGAGGAAUUCCGCACCAGAGGGAAGGAGAUGGUGGAUUAUGUGGUCGAUUACCUGCAGUCCAUUGAGGAGCGUCCCGUUUACCCGUCUGUGGAGCCCGGCUACCUGCGCCAUCUCAUCCCAGAGAGCGCCCCCGAGCAGCCCCACUCCUUCGAGGAGGUGAUGAAGGAUGUGGAGAGGGUGGUCAUGCCAGGGAUAACUCACUGGCACAGUCCACAUUUCCAUGCCUAUUUCCCCACGGGAAACUCCGUGCCGGGUAUGCUGGGUGACAUGCUCUCCAAUGCUAUCAGCUGUAUUGGCUUUUCCUGGGCUGCAAGUCCCGCAUGUACAGAGCUGGAGACUGUGAUGCUUGAUUGGCUGGGGAAGAUGCUGAACCUGCCCCAUCAGUUCCUAGCUGGGACCAAUGGAGAAGGCGGUGGAGUGUUACAGUCCACAGCCAGUGAGGCGACCCUGGUGGGACUCCUUGCUGCAAGAAGAAAGAAGGUUUUACACAUCCAGGCAGAUACGCCUGAUCUUGAAGAGAGGAUGAUCAUGACAAAACUGGUUGCCUACAUGUCAGAUCAGUCUCACAGCUCUGUUGAACGAGCAGGAUUGAUUGGAGGAAUAACAAUGAGAAAGUUGCCCUCUGACAGCCAGCUCAGCCUGCGGGGAGAGACCCUGAAACAAGCAAUAGAAGAAGAUAAAGCUGCUGGUCUGAUUCCUUUCUUCUUGUGUGCGACACUGGGCACCACCGCUUCCUGUGCAUUUGAUUCGAUUUUGGAGCUAGGACCGAUCUGUAAUUCUGAAAAAGUCUGGAUGCACAUUGAUGCUGCUUAUGCAGGAAGUGCUUUUAUUUGCCCAGAAUUCAGACCUUUAUUAAACGGUGUCGAGUUUGCAGAUUCUUUCAACUUUAACCCUCAUAAAUGGCUCCUUGUGAACUUUGAUUGCUCAGCGAUGUGGGUGAAGAAAAGAUCAGACCUUAUCGGUGCUUUUAAAGUGGAUCCUCUUUACCUUAAACAUGAGCAUCAGGACUCUGGACUUAUCACUGAUUACAGGCAUUGGGGGAUUCCACUCGGACGCAGAUUCCGCUCUCUGAAAAUGUGGUUUGUGUUCCGAAUGUUUGGAAUAAAAGGUCUUCAAGAACAUAUUCGCAAGCAAGUGAAUCUUGCGCAUGAGUUCGAAGGCUUACUACUUCAAGAUAAAAGGUUUGAGAUUGCGUCUGAUGUCGUGUUGGGACUAGUGUGCUUCAGACUCAAGGGGUCAAAUGAUCUCAACGAAAUGCUCAUUAAAAGAAUCAACGCAGGGAGAAAGAUCCACAUGGUGCCAUGCAAUCUUCAAGACAAGUUUGUGCUUCGUUUUGCCGUAUGUGCAGCUACAACUGAAAGUAAACAUAUUCAUUAUGCUUGGCAGAUCAUAAAGGAGCUUGCUACGGAGCUGCUUGAUGAAGGCUAUCAGUAGAUGUGCUAUACUCAAUGAGAUAUACUUGUAUUUUACAAUUUUAUCCUAAAUAAGUCCUAUUAUUUUCCUGAAUUGUUUCAGCUGAUUUUGCUUAACAUAGUGUAGAAAAUGAUGAAUUUGGGUUACAUUUGGCACUCCUGACCCUUGUAAUUUUGGGGGUAAUAGUGUAUUUUUGCAUUGUGUAACUUGCAAAAUGUAAUUUUAAUUAUGAGUUUAAUACGUGAAAAAGUUCAUUUAAUCAUGUUAUGUAAUAAAUACAAUCACAUUAUAUGUGCUCUGAGCCACCAUCUGGUGUGAAGGGUGCUAUAUAAAUGCAAGUUGUUAGUAGUAAUGUACUGUAACAGGCAGAGCAGAUGUUGAGAAUAAAGAUGAUACCAACCAUAGUUGGUGAACAAAA